AAACCAGUAGAAACAACAUAAAUGGCCAGGUAGAGUACAAGAAGGUACGUUUUAAGUGCAAACGGACAGUUAAAUACAAGUGCAGUGAUUCCAAAAUACGCCACGUUCUGUCACUUCGACUCGGAAAGCAGGAUUUCCCAUGUCCCGCGAAGGCAGCAGCUCAUCCGCUAAACUAGGAGCGUGUUUACUGUUUACAUCCUCGCAAGUGUUCCGAGGUGCUUGCAGACGUUUUGUCGCCUUCGAACCAACAAAAUGUUGAAUUCUCAAAGAUCUGUGACGGAAUUACCGAAAAUGUCGUCUGCCAGUCAAGUGGAAAGAGCAGUGCUGGAGGAUGAGUUCAAAUGGCUUCUAAAGGAAGAAGUUCACGCCGUUCUAAAGCAGCUGCAAGAUGUCCUGAGGGAAGCGUCCAGACGUUUCUCGAUUCUCAUGCCAGGACUGGAGAGUCCACUCAAGCAGGAGAACUUCAUCCUGGGCAGCUCAACUAUGGAUCAGGUGAAAGGAGUUCUGACACUGCAGGGAGAAGUGCUGACUCAGGCGGACAUCAAUCUGAAGGUGACAAAGAGCAGCCAGGUGCUACACUUCCAGUUCAGGGAUGACAAGCAGUGGAAAUUACAGCAGAUCCAGGACGCUCGCAACCAUGUGACCCAGGCUCUUCAGCUGCUGAGCAGCCAUGACGACAGCUAUCACUUCAAGACGGGGGCGGAAGUGAACAAGCUGAUGGACGCUGUGAUGCUGCAGCUGACACGCGCACGAAACCGCCUCACCACCCCGGCAUCCAUGACGCUGCCUGAGCUGGCCACCAGCGGGCUGAUGAAGAUGUUCACUCCUCCGAUGCCCGGUGAUGUGAUGGUGAACUUCUACAUCAACUUGAGUAAACUUUGCCUGACAGUUUACCAACUCCACGUGCUGCCGUCCAACACCACCAAGUAUUUCAAGCCUUCUGGCAGCUCGGUGCUACACAGUCCUGGAGCCAUGUUUGAACUCAACAAUAACCGCUUUGAAGUCAGCCAUGUUCACAAGGUGGAGUGUGUUGUUCCUUGGCUCAACGACACCUUGGUCUUCUUCACCAUCUCACUGCAGCUCUGUCAGCAGCUCAAGGACAAGAUAUCCGUCUUCUCCAGUUUCUGGAACUACCGUCCGUUCUAAGUGUGAAGGACACGCCCCUAUUUAUUAUUGUUCCAUGUGUAUUCACGGCCAUUGUUGUGCAAGAGCUGCAUGAUCUUCUUAAAGAGCCAGUAUCAAACAUAUCCAGUAGUUAAUGUGUAUGUGCGUAUGUAUGUGUACAUAUCUGUUGUUUUCCAGCUGACUGACAUUCCUCCCACAUUACUCUCUCUGAGCCUGUUUUUGUUUCUGAAGUAUUUCAUGUUGAGAGAGUAUUAAGUAUUCAUGGUGUAGUACUCAUCAAUCCUUCAGCGAUCUGCCCUCAGGCCAAAUGGUGGACUUUGAAAGAUUGACCUUCCCUAAAUUCUCAUUUUCUAAGUUGGAAACUUUUCUCUGGUGAUUAUUAGAAAGUGAAAUUUCAGUCAAAUGCGUACAAAUUCAGCGCGAUGCAUCCCAUAAUAACUCCAUGCUUUUGCACAAAGGCCACGCCCACUUCAUGCAAAUGUAUUAUCCUAUUAAUACACUAAAAUAAAAGCACGGUGGCGCAGGGUUUAGUGGAUGUGCCUCACAUACGAAGGUCCUGAGUUCAAACCCGGGCUCGGGAUCUUUCUGUGUGGAGUUUGCAUGUUCUCUCCGUGACUGCUUGAGUUCCCUCUGGGUACUCCGGCUUCCUCCCACCUCCAAAAACAUGCACCUGGGGAUAAGUUGAUCGGCAACACUAAAUGGUCCCGAGUGUGUGAAUGUGAGUGUGAUUGUUGUCCGUCUAUCUGUGUUGGCCCUGCGAUGAGGUGGGGACUUGUCCAGGAUGUAGCCCGCCUUUGGCCCGAUUGUAGCUGAGAUAGGCUCCAGCACCCGGGGCGGUAUAGCUCGGUUGGUCGAGUGGCCAUGCCAGGAACUUGAGGGUUCCAGGUUCGAUCCCCGCUUCCGCCAUCCUAGUCACUGCCGUUGUGUCCUUGGGCAAGACACUUUACCCACCUGCUCCCAGUGCCACUCACACUGGUUUAAAUGUUACGUAGAUAUUGGGUUCCACUAUGUAAAAGCGCUUUGAGUCACUAGAGAAAAGCGCUAUAUAAAUACAAUUCACUUCAAUUCACUUCACACCCCCGCCCCCAUCUGAGAUGUGAAUUUUACAUUUACUCACGAUUUUAUUUGAUUUGGAUUCUUGCAGUGACGAUUCAAUUCAGAGUCAAAUCUCGACGAAACCAGAUCUUUGGUUCUGCACGAUUCACAAUUCAAACGAUUUACGAUUGACAGAAAUUCUUGAAUCAACACGAUUUCCAUUUUGAACACCAUUCUCGAUGCAUCGGCAUUUUCUAUUCAACGCCAUUCUUGAGUCAUCACAAUUCUCUAUUUAAUUGGAUUAAACAUUAUUCAAAAUUGAAACACAACGCGAUUCUUGAUUUAAUACGAGUCUCCAUUCAACACGAUCCUUGAUGAAACACCAUUCUCUAUUUAACAUGAUUCCUGAGUUAACACUAUUCAAAGUUUAAAUAAGUUUCCAAGUUAACGCGAUUCCCGAUUCACACCGAUUCUGGAUUCAACAAGUCUCGAUUCAACGAAAUUGUUGAUGCAACGCGAUUGUAUAUUCAACGUGACUCUCGAGUCAAGACAAUGCCGGAUUCAACGCGAGUCUUGAUUUAACUCGAUUCUCGAUGGAAUGCAAUUUUUGAUUCAACAUAAUUCAAAAUGUAAAUACAUUUUCGAUUUACGAGUCUCGAUUCACACGUUUCUCGACUCAAUCCAAUUGUAGAUGCAACGCAAUUUUCUAUUUAAAGCUAUUCUUGAUACAACACGAAUCUUGAGUGAACAUUAUUCAAAAUGUAAAUACAAUUUCGAUUCAACGCGAGUCUCGAGUCAACACGAUUCUCAAGUCAACUCAAUUCUUGAUUCAACACUAUUCUUGAUACAAUGUGAGUCUUGAGUCAACAUUAUUCAAAAUUGAAAUAAAUGUACCAUUCAACGUGAGUCUUGAUUCAACGUGAAUCUCUAUUCAACACAAUUCUAGAAACAAAGCGAUUCUUGAUUCAACACAAAUCUUGAGUGAAAAUUAUUCAAAAUGGAAAUACAAUUUCGACUCAACGCGAGUCUCGAUUCAACACAAUUCCCGAGUCAACUCAAUUCUUGAUUCAACACUGUUAUUGAUACAAUUUGAGUCUAGAGUCAACAUUAUUCAAAAUUUAAAUAAAUGUACCAUUCAACGUGAGUCUCGAUUCAACGUGAAUCUCUAUUCAACACAAUUCUAGAAACAAAGCGAUUCUUGAUUCAACACAAAUCUUGAGUGAACAUUAUUCAAAAUUGAAAUACAUUUUCGAUUCAACGCGAGUCUCAAUAUAACACGAUUCUCAAGUCAAAAUAAUUCUCUAUUCAACACAAUUCUUGAUACGACGCAAUUCUUGAUUCAACACGAUUUUUGAUACAUGAAUCUUGAGUGAACAUUAUUCAAAAUGUAGACACAUUUUCGAUUCAACACGAUUCUCAAGUCAACACAAUUCUUGAUACAAUGCAAAUCUUGAGUCAGCAUUAUUCAAAAUUGAAAUACAUUUUUGAUUCGACGCGAGUCUCUAUUCAAAACAAUUCUUGAUUCAACACGAAUCUUGAGUGAACUUUUUUAAAAAUUUAAACACAUUUUCGAUUCAACGUGAGUCUGUAUUCAACACAAUUCUCGAGUCAACACAAUUCUUGAGUCAACAUUAUUCAAAAUUUAAAUACAUUUUCAAUUCAACAUGAGUCUCAAUUCAAAAUGAUUCUCUAUUCAACACAAUUCUAGAAACAAAGCAAUUCUUGAUUUAACACGAAUCUUGAGUGAACAUUAUUCAAAAGUUAAAUACCAUUUCGAUUCAACGCGAGUCUCAAUUCAACACGAUUCUCGACACAACACAAUUCUUGAUACAACACGAAACUUAAGUGAACAUUAUUCAAAAUUUCAAUCCAUUUUUGAUUUAACACAAUUCUCGAGUCAACAUGAUUCUAUAUUCAACACAAUUCUAGAUACAACGCGAUUCUUGAUUCAACACGAUACUUGAGUGAACAUUAUUCAAACUUUAAAUACAUUUUCGAUUCAACGCGAGUCUCUAUUCAACAUGAUUCUCGAGUCAACACAAUUCUUGGUACAACACGAAACUUAAGUCAACAUUAUUCAAAAUUUAAAUACAUUUUUGAUUUAACACAUUCUCGAGUCAACAUGAUUCUAUAUUGAACACAAUUCUUGAUACAAGAUGUUUCUUGAGUCAACAUUUUUAAAAAAAUGUUUGAUUCAACACAAGUCUCAAUUCAACACAAUUCUUGAGACAACACAAUUCUCGAUUCCACAUAUUUCAAAAUUUAAACAAAUAUUUGCGAUUCUCAAAUCACACAGAUUCUCUGAAGAUGUUUUUUGUUAUUUGAAUUUUACAGUUUUUCUCUUUUCCAAACGGUUCUUGUUUGGUGACGUAAACACACAGAUGGUCUAAAAACAUCAUUUUAGAAACGUUUUGAAAAAUGUGGAAUUGUAAUAACAAAUGUGAACCGAUUUUUUUUUCCAGCACCCCAAAAACUUUACGAGUGAGGAUAAUUAUUAUUGAAAAUGUUGCAAUUUGAAUCACACGCCUUCCGACUGCAUGACUUCAUGCACUUUAAAAUAUUACCAUUAUUAUUAUAUUACUUGUGAAGUUGCACACUUGUAUAAAAACUCAAAUUUAAAGUGAAAUUGUCUUUGUUUAUCGCACGUUUGGCUGAACAUAUCACAGGAAAAUGGGAAAGGAGUUAUAAUGUACAUUGUGUUACGAUGUACAUUAGUAAUAAAUCACUUGAUUAUUUAUAAUAUCAAUUAGUAUAAUCAUUAAUAUGCAGUAGUAUGUCAGGAUAGGCAGUAUCAAAUGGGGAAACGGGUGACCCAGUUUCUGUUACGAGGCUCCCCACCACUAGUUGGCGUCGUAAAUGUCGCAGUGAACGCUGUAAAAUACGACAAAAACGUCCGUUCUUACUCGCUAGCAUUAGCUUAUAGCUAGCAUCCGCUAACAGCCAGAAAUAGACAACUUUAAUGUACCAAAUUGUUACAUAAUGUACCACAUUCUAUUGUAUUCUCAUGUUAUAUUUAUAAUCUGAAGGUUUGUUUUUAUUUUUAAAAGGCAUCCUGUUUAGAAUUCUGAUGUUUUGGCGGUCGAACACCAAAUAAAUUGAGUUUUAAAUAAUUUCAACAAGUUUUUCGAGUUAUUCAAUAUUUGUUAUUCACCAGGUAACAACUCGUUGAGAUCAAAAUCUCUUUUCCAAGAGGGCAGCAAAACAAAGUUACAGAAACACAUAUAAAAAACCACAGAAACCGCAGAAGUCACAAACCUCAAUUAAAAAUUAAUGACUUGCAUAUAUUGACAUAAAAACAAUGUAUAAAAUGUUUUAGUAAAAACAACCUAAAACUAGUACAACACCCAAAUAGAAACAACUUCUCUGUACUUUAAAAUGACCUGAAAUUCCCCCAAAGGGAUAAGUUCAGGUAACCUCAGAUCUUCCGGAGGUAAUCCAUCCAUCCAUCCAUCCAUUUUCUACCGCUUAUUCCCUUUUGGGGUCGCGGGGGGCCUAUCUCAGCUACAAUCGGGCGGAAGGCGGGGUACACCCUGGACAAGUCGCCUCCUCAUCACAGGGCCAACACAGAUAGACAGACAAUAUUCACACUCACAUUCACACACUAGGGCCAAUUUAGUGUUGCCAAUCAACCUAUCCCCAGGUGCAUGUCUUUGGAGGUGGGAGGAAGCCGGAGUACCCGGAGGGAACCCACGCAUUCACGGGGAGAACAUGCAAACUCCACACAGAAAGAUCCCGAGCCUGGAUUUGAACCCAGGACUGCAGGACCUUUGUAUUGUGAGGCAGACGCACUAACCCCUCUGCCACUGUGAAGCCCCCGGAGGUAAUCUGAAAGCUUUAUUUUCCAAGAUUUGUGUUUUCUGUAAGAACAAACGUGCUAAAUAUGUCCUGCGACUUUAGGCUGUAGCGACUGGAAUCUCCAGACAUGAAAGAACACAACUGAGGGGGAACCAACCCAAGAAGUGGUUAAUCUUUAAAACACAACCAUGGAGAAAAUCAAGAACCAAGUCGACUCGUAUCUUGAAGUAUUUCUAUUUUUGUUGUGAAAUCAUUUAAAGAGAAACACAAUCUUUUGCAGCAUUCUAAACUAGCUUGGUUACAUCUAGCAUUUUCUCAUCUGACGCAUUCCAAUCUAAAAAUGAAGAGUAUAAUAGUGCUUAUUUAACUAGUCCGAGAAGAAAUAGUUAUGGACAUUGAAGAUUAUCUCUAAAAGUAAAAAUAAUAAGCUAAUAUCGUCUUCGGACAAAAAGACAACUGAACGUAAUUUGAACCGGUGGUAUAACUAUUUUCAUGUAUUUUCUUUUAUACUGAUUUGAAUGAGUUGCAUGUUGUAGGAUUCUGCAGGCAAAAAGUGACAGUUUUGUCUUAAAAAAUGAACGCUAAAGUGUGCAGUGAAAAUGCAAAAGUAUUCACAAUGAUUCCUGUUAUUUGUGUUGUUGCCAGGCAACAAUUUUCUUUCAAAAAGUCCUCUUUAAUGAGAACUGAAGCAUGGUUUGUUUGUGUCAUUCCCGUGGUGGAAAUAAUAAGCUAUUAGUGGUAUAUUUUGCAUACCUUUGAUGUCAUGGGUUCAUUAACAGGUUCUUGUGUCUGAUGCAAACACUGAAAGUGAAAGUGAAAGUGUUGUGUAUCAAGUAACUACUCUACUCAGAAGACGUCCCGUUAUGAACUAACGCAGUCCAAGAAGUGUUCCAAAUGAUUUACUGUGCAAUAAAAAAAAAUGUGAAGAACAAA